AUGUGUUGUAAUCUAAUGCGUAGUAGAAUUAAGUUUGAUAUAUUUGAAUUUAUUGGUAUAAAACAGCUAUUAUACUCAUGCUCUUCAACAUCAACCAAUUGUCCAUUGUCAAUGGCAAAUGCACCACGAACAACUGGCUCAUCUCAGUUAAUAACAACUGGUUUAUUUCAGUUAUGUCGCCAUCCAUUAUAUUUAUUUACAUUUCUUGCCGUCACAGUGUCACCAACAGUAUCGUUGGAUCGACUCUUAUUUGCUAUAUAUUCAUGUGCUUAUCUAUCAAUUGGAAUACCAAUUGAAGAAAAAAAAUUAAAAAUGAUAUUUGGUGAAGCAUAUGUUGAAGAUAGAAAAAAUACUCCAGCUAUUAUACCAGAUUUAUUCAGCCUUGGUACUCGAAAAUCUAAAACAAAAUACGUGUCUACUUGA